AGAAAUGGGUAGGGAUUCCGCCAAGAGACAAUGUGUGCAUAUGAAGAGCAUAGCAGGAAAGAAGCAGAAGAGGAAAUGAAGCAUAUUUUGCAAAUGACGGUUUUAAUGCAAAGUGUACCACAUUUAACGACUACUGUCCCACUUGUUGACAAUAAACAUUCCUUCCUGCAUACCUGUUUUAUGCUUCUUUCAAUUGGUGUCGCUGCUUCUGGACGUGACGAAGAUUGCGUGGCCUGCAGAGUUCGGGGAUGGAGACAUCUGGGUCUUUUUCAUGGACUUCGAGUCGGUUGCGGAGUUGAUGGGUGUCUGGGAUUCAGAAGCGAAGGUGGUGGUACUUGGCACGUUACUGUGGGGUAGAGCGAAAGCAGCGUAUGACGGCGUGGAACGUGAAGAGGGGGAAGAGACUUGUCAGGGAAUGGUUGAACGACUGGAAACGGAGUUCGACAGCCUAGCGGACAGGGAGCUGGUAAUACAGCAGUCCCAGGGCACGAAACUUGGAAUAGACGAAGACCCGCU